AUGAGUCAGUCACAGUACUUUUCAGAAAUCAAUGACGAGGACUUUAGAGAUAUCGUAAUCACAGAUGCCGAUUUUGGCGUGAUAGAUGACAGAGGCGUUGCAUAUAACAAUCAAAAUCCAGCAGUCUUUACAGGGGUUAUUGAAAUUGAGGAGGUAAUGCCUGAAGAAAGACCACGGGCCAACGGGCAGCCAAUUGUGCUGCGAGACGUCCCCACCGUCACGAUUGAAACAGAAUUUAGGCAGCCGGUACAGCAUAUGCUGUCAAGAGAUGAAAACGCUGGGCACCCCACGGCUACCCUACAAAUGACUGCCGAGAUUGAGCCUGCAGCAUCCACAGAAAACGGUCAGGAGCCUAUCCAGGCCCUCGCUGAUUCAGAAGAAGAAGCAGAAGAAGCAGAAGGAGAGGAAGAAGCAGCAGAAGAAGCAGAAGAAGCUGGUGUAGUGGUUCUGAUUGCAGCUGAAGAUGGCAAUGAAGUGGAACUUAAUCUUUCUGAAAUCCUUGCCCUCGAAAGAGCAUCUGAGCAGCAGCAGCGGGAAAUAGUUGAACAGAACAUUACAGAGGCCAUCUCUGUGCAAACUCAAACUCAGGACGCGGAGAUUGAACCUGAACCUGUCGCCAGGCCCGUGCAUCCCACUGUACGAUUCAGAGGACGGAGGGGUAUUCAUCGAGUGAGAUAUGUCAGGGAGAGGCCUGAACCCGUCAGAGAUGCUGUACUGAGGGGCAAUCGACGACAACAGGCGAAACCUCACGAUAUCUCGCCCUAUGACAGGGCGGCCUUUGAGGAAAUGCAUUCGGCUAGCCAGGAGAAGCUGCAUCAGUUGAGGUCCACGCAUGGACUGCAUACAGAGGUGAUGACGGAGCAUGCGUGGACUCUGAUGAAAAAAACACACGCGGGGGUGCGAGAGUUUAUGAAGAAAUAUGAUCCACCUGAACCUCUGGCCCUCGAGCCGCGACUGUAA